GUAUCCCUCCUAAUGGCCGACACGUUCAUGGAAAAUGGAGCGCCGCUCCGCAUUUCUGGCCAUUGUACUCACAGAGCGAAGUGAAACCGACAAAUUGAGUUUACCGACGUACCGUUUCCCAAAAACGACAGCGCAGCAUUUCCACUUUGUCCAGCUCUUCCAGGAAGGAUUCCAAAGCGUUCCCAUGUCCCGGGUCUUCCCCGGGGACCGAAAGCAUUUUCCAGGGAGGCGUCCUGGAGGCUUCCUAAUCAGAUGCCCGAGCCAGCUCAUCUGGCUCUUCUUGACGUGGAGGAACAACAGCUCCUCUCCGACUCCCACCUGGAUGAGUGUGCUGCUCAUACUGACCUCAUCAGGGACCACUUUUCACUGGAUGAUCACUCCAGGAGCAUAAAGCCCCCCCAGCAACUGAGCUCCCAACAUCAUGAAAACUCACCAAAAAACUCCACCACGAUAAGUGCUAUGGAAAAGCCCUUUGACCCAGAGGUCAAGUUCAAGGCGAGCAUGGACAUCGCCUCGCCCCGCCCCGUCGCUGUGGCCAGGGGACAGUGGUCCAACAAAAUGGAGUUCCUCCUCGCAGUUGCUGGACAAAUCAUCGGACUUGGGAACGUGUGGCGGUUCCCUUAUUUGUGCUACAAAAAUGGAGGCGGGGUGUUCUUUAUCCCUUAUGUAAUCUUCCUCUUUACAUGUGGCAUCCCCCUGUUUCUGAUGGAGACGGCUCUCGGCCAGUACACGAAACAGGGAUCCAUUACCUGCUGGAAGAAAAUUUGUCCCCUCUUUGGAGGGAUGGGAUAUGGAAGUCUGGUGGUAGUUUUAUACUCCAGCAUUUAUUACAUCAUCAUAUUGGCCUGGGCAUUCUUGUACCUCUUCUCUUCCUUCAGCUCUGAGCUUCCAUGGGCAAGCUGCAGAAACAGCUGGAAUACAGAGUCUUGUGUGGAGUUCAGUCAAAGACGAGCUCUCAACUGGACUGUGGCAGAAAAUGCGACAUCCCCUGUGAGGGAGUUUUGGGAGAGAAGAGUCCUGAACGUGACGGGAAAUGUCGAAGAGUUGGGCGGUUUUCGAUGGGAAUUGGCUAUGUGUCUACUUUUGUCUUGGAUCAUCUGUUACUUUUGUGUGUGGAAAGGAGUGAAGUCCACAGGAAAGGUUGUGUACUUCACGGCCACAUUCCCGUAUGUGAUGCUCGCCGUCCUGCUUGUCCGUGGACUCACACUGCCCGGAGCGAUAGAUGGCAUAACUUUUUACCUCUACCCAGAACCAUCACGCCUUGCUGAUCCGCAGGUCUGGAUGGACGCUGGCACGCAAAUAUUUUAUUCCUAUGCUAUUUGUAUUGGCUGUUUGAUGGCACUCGGCAGUUAUAACAAGUACAACAAUAACUGUUACAAAGAUUGCGUCUACUUGUGCCUCCUGAACAGUGGAACCAGUUUUGUGGCCGGUUUUGCCAUCUUCUCCGUUCUUGGAUUCAUGGCUUAUGAGCAGAACACAGAUAUAUCCAAAGUAGCGGAAUCAGGUCCCGGCUUGGCGUUCAUCGCUUACCCUCGAGCUGUGGCCAUGAUGCCGUUUCCACAGAUUUGGGCCAUUUUCUUUUUCAUCAUGAUCAUCCUGCUCGGACUAGACAGUGAGUUUGUGGGCCUGGAAGCUCUUGCAACCAGUAUUUGUGACCUGAAACCUUCCUUCUUCCACGUCGGGCACCGACGUAAAGUACUUCUACUCCUCAUCAGCGUUUUCUGUUUCUUCAUCGGCCUCUCAAUGGUCACUGAAGGAGGACUGUACAUCUUCCAGUUGUUUGAUUACUACGCCUGCAGCGGCAUGACUCUGCUUCUCCUUGCCUUACUUCAGUCCGUGUGUGUUGGAUGGGUUUACGGAGCAGAUCGUUUCUAUGACAACAUCGAGGACAUGAUACGAUACAGGCCUUUGCCUCUGAUUAAACACUGCUUGAAAUAUGUCACUCCAGUCAUCUGCCUGGGAACUUUUAUCUUCUCCUUGGUCAAGUACAAACCUUUGAAGUUCAACAACACCAUUGAGUAUCCUUGGUGGGGUUACGCUCUAGGCUGGUGGUUCACUCUGUCUUCCACACUCAACGUUCCAUUGUGGAUGGUCUACAACCUGAUUACCACUCCCGGGACACUUCGUCAGCGGUUCGCCACACUACGCACACCAUCCGAGGAACUUCUGUCGCCCAACUCGAACAAGAAAGCACUCGAACUGCACAACUUGACGCACACAUCGGACGUGUUGUGAGAACGGGGAUCGCUUCAGUUGAACGGUGUGAGGCGCAACUUGAAAUAUCUUUCGAACACCAAAGAGAAUAUUCAAAAACCGGUUUUCUCCUUUCCAACCAAGCAAUACUACAUUAGGAAAUAACAAAUCACUGAGACAAUGUCUCAUUGUUUGUCCAUUCCUAUCGUCCAAUAUUUGAUGGUUUACAUGAAGGGAAUAAAAAAAAGGGUAAAUUGUU